AUGUUGGGACACGCCCGCCUCCAUCCUGAAGAAGACGAAAAGGAGUGUCAGGAGAACUUGAAGAAGGAAUUCAUCUGGAUCCAGUCCAAUAGGGCUCGAAAAACUUUCCAUAAUGUGCUGGCAUGUCUUCGUGAGUGCUGUAUACGCUUACACCUUGGAAAUAAAUGUGAUCUUCGAUUGGGAGUCCCUGUUUCACAACCCCAGGCAGAGAGACAUUUUUUAGCAGGCAAACAUGGAUCUGAAGCGCUGAAGGCCUAUGUGACGCUUCUCGGUGACAAUGUAAUUCAAGCAGAAAUUAUACUGAAAAACCCGAAGUCUGCAGGAGGUGUCUUUCGAGCUGUUGCACAGCCAGAUGUUCAAUGGAAAUUACAGCAGUUACAGGAUUUGGGCAAUCUGAUUGCUCGUGCGUCGACGCAAUCUUGUGAAGUCGAUGCUCGAUUAGCAGAGCUCUCUCAAUCGCGGAAGUUUACUAUGGAGACCGGUGAUCUGAUAAUCUCGGCUGCACGAGACAUCAAAGACGAGAUAUCUUCGGCUCGAGCUGCGAUCGUAUUGCCAAGAAAAAAGUAA